CGCUGGGCCGCGCCUGCGUUUGCAUUCUCCUCACUUGAACCAGGAAGCGGCGGAGUCGGAGGCUCCGCUCCUCCGGCCCUUUCUUUGUGUGGGCCCGGGAGCGAAGGAGGGGACGAACCCGGAGGGCCGCGGCGCGGUCCCCUCCGCCGUCAGGGGCCGAGGGGCUGCCGGUGCCCUGGCUGCAGUUUUGAAAAUUUCGAAGAUGCUUGAGACGCCCCGCCUUCCACGUGUAUAUAACUUGAGCACUGUGACGACAGUGCUACUCUUUUGUACCAUCUGUUGACUUCGCUUGGCACUCUAACAUUUCACCUCUGGAGAUUGUAAGAGUAGAGAGGCAUGGAGAGUAGAAAACUGAUUUCUGCUACAGACAUUCAGUACUCUGGCAGUCUGCUGAACUCCUUGAAUGAGCAGCGUGGCCAUGGACUCUUCUGUGACGUUACCGUUAUCGUGGAAGACCGAAAAUUCCGGGCCCACAGGAAUAUUCUCUCAGCUUCUAGUACUUAUUUCCAUCAGCUCUUCUCAGUUGCCGGGCAAGUUGUUGAACUGAGCUUUAUAAGAGCAGAGAUUUUUGCCGAAAUUCUCAAUUAUAUCUAUAGUUCUAAAAUUGUUCGUGUUAGAUCGGAUUUACUUGAUGAGUUGAUUAAAUCAGGGCAGCUGUUAGGGGUUAAAUUUAUAGCAGAGCUUGGUGUCCCAUUGUCACAGGUUAAAAGCAUCUCAGGUACAUCUCAGGACGGUAAUGCAGACACCUUACCUCCUGGUUCUAGUGACAAGAACCUUGAAAUACAAAAAUCAAAAGAUGAAGCCCAAGAUAACGGGGCCACUAUAAUGCCUAUUAUAACAGAGUCUUUUUCCUUAUCUGCUGAAGAUUACGAGACAAAAAAGAUCAUUGUUACUGAUUCAGAUGAUGAUGACGAUGACGUCAUUUUCUGCUCUGAGAUUCUGCCUGCAAAGGAAACUUUGCCGAGUACCAAUGCAGUGGCUCAGGUCCAGCCUAACCCAGGUUCUGUUGCCAUUUCAGAUGUUGCACCUUGUGCUAGUAAUAACUCUCCCCCUUUACCAAAUCUCACACCUACUCAGAAACUUCCUACUUCUGUGAAUCAGGCAACUCUGAGCCAGACACAAGGAAGUGAAAAAUUGCUGGUAUCUUCAGCCCCGACACAUCUGACUCCCAACAUUAUUUUGCUAAAUCAGACACCACUUACUACACCACCAAAUGUUACUUCUUCACUUCCAAAUCAUAUGUCUCCUUCAAUCAAUUUGCUUGUGCAGAAUCAGCAGACACCAAACAGUGCUGUUAUAACAGGAAACAAGGCCAAUGAAGAGGAGGAGGAGGAAAUUAUAGAUGAUGAUGAUGACACUAUUAGCUCCAGUCCAGAUUCGGCGGUCAGUAAUACAUCUUUGGUCCCCCAGGCUGAUAUCCCCCCAAAUGCCACUUUUGAUGGAUCGUUGGUACAGAAGAUGCAGAUACCUACACUUCUGCAAGAGCCACUUUCCAAUUCUUUAAAAAUUUCAGAUAUAAUUACUAGAAACACUAGUGAUGCAGGUUUAGGAUCAAAACAUCUAAUGGAGGGUCAGAAGAUCAUUACUUUAGAUACAGCUACUGAGAUUGAAGGCUUGUCAACGGGUUGCAAGGUUUAUGCAAAUAUUGGUGAAGAUACUUAUGACAUAGUGAUCCCUGUCAAAGAUGACCCUGACGAAGGGGAGGCCAGACUUGAGAAUGAGAUACCAAAAACAUCUAGCGGUGAGACGCCCAACAAACGUAUGAAAGUAAAACAUGAUGAUCACUAUGAGUUAAUAGUAGAUGGGAGGGUCUAUUAUAUCUGUAUUGUGUGCAAAAGGUCCUAUGUCUGUCUGACAAGCUUGCGGAGACAUUUUAACAUUCAUUCUUGGGAGAAGAAGUACCCUUGCCGUUACUGUGAGAAGGUAUUUCCUCUUGCAGAAUAUCGCACAAAACACGAAAUUCAUCACACAGGGGAGCGAAGGUACCAGUGUUUGGCCUGUGGCAAAUCCUUCAUCAACUAUCAGUUUAUGUCUUCACACAUAAAAUCAGUUCAUAGUCAAGAUCCUUCUGGAGACUCAAAGCUUUAUCGUUUACAUCCAUGCAGGUCCUUACAGAUCAGACAAUAUGCAUAUCUUUCUGAUAGGUCAGGCGCUAUGCCUGUAAUGAAGGAUGAUGCUAUUGGGUAUAAGGUUGAUGCUGGGAAAGACCCUGCAGUAGGGCCUGCACCUCCUCCUCAGAACAAGCCAAUGACCUGGGAAGAUAUUUUUAUUCAGCAGGAAAAUGAUUCAAUUUUUAAACAGAAUGUAACAGAUGGCAGUACUGAGUUUGAAUUUAUAAUACCAGAAUCUUAUUGAACUUUGAAAUCUCAGAAAGUUUGGUUUGCGUUCAGGGGCAGGGGUUUCAAAAGACCUGUAAAACAAAUUAAGGUGAAAACGAGUUCAUUUCAUCUGCCACGUCAUCUGAAGGCAGUCUAGUUGGAUUAUUUGUUGAUAAUUUUUAGAAGCAAAUUAUUCUGAAAGUUUGAGUAGAGAGUGAGAAGUUCCCCCCCACCCCGAGUAUCUGUUUAUAUAGUUAGCUUUCAGCUCGUUUUAAAGAGGCAAGAAGAAAAAAAGCUUGGAGAGAUAGUUUCCUGAAUAGAAUUUGAAGCAGUCUGAAUGUUCUUUGAAAAUAACUGGAGUUAUUAGCAUACCCUAGUUUAUCUUACAACUUUCCCCUUCCAUGUUAGCACUUUACUGCUGAAUUCUCAAUUACCUUAAUAUUGAGACUAUAAAUGUGUGUUGUGUUUUGGAUGUGGCAUAAAAAGUAAACAAGAACUUCUAAAGUUGUUCUGGAAAAUUUCAGAGUAAGUCUCUGCUUGGUUGUGUAUUCCACUAGUCCAAAUGGAUAGCAACCUCCUGCCUCCCUCCCGCCGUGAAAAUGGCUGUGCAGACAAGUGUCUCAUCUGAAGAAAGAGUUUUAGCUAAUUAGAAUUGAGUUUUGCUUUUAUUGCCAUCGUCUGGAAAAGACUUUGGUGGCUGGACUACUAUAUAUAUACCUUUGCAGUUGUGGUCUCUGUGGGCAAAAAUGUUAAUGGAAAACAAAUCUCUGUAUUGCAGACAGGAGGAGAGGAGAAGUUCUGUUGCGUUUGUUUUGAAGUCUUUAUUCUUACAUGAUAGAGAGUGGAAGUGAAUGGAGAGUUCCUUUUUUGUUCAUAUGGUUAAAAAUGUUCCCUUGAGAAAUUUCAAAGUUCGAAUCCGAAAGCCACCAAAUAAAUCUUUCAUUAUGUAUAAAUCUUUAUAAAUGAUAGAUUCCAUAAAUGAGACUCCUACAUAUUUUAGGCAGGAGGCUACUGGUAUAUAUUUUUAAAUGUUCAUAUUACUUAGAAUUUCUAAUAGAAAGUUUUCAUUUGAAAUAGUUGAAUCCAUGAUCUAGUGUUUUCCUUUCACAAGACCUUUUAGGUUUUUACCCUUUCUAAAGUAAGUUCCAUUCCAUCUGCAAAGUGCUGCAAUAUUAUAGCAAUCAGAAACUAUAUAUGGAAUGUUAUAUAGGCUUGUUGAUUCCCGUUUAUCUUGAGAACAAUACGUGUACCUUUCUUCCUGUUCAAGUGACACAUAUUUAAAACACUUAGAAACUAAAGUCAAAACUCAUUGAAGUGCUAGUACUAAAAGGAAGCAGGUUGGAACAAAUAUAUAGCCUAGCCUUUAUAACAGGAUUAACGUGUUGAACUUCUGUAAAUUACUUUUUGCAAAGGAAAAAGAUUAAUAGAUACUGAAAAAGUUUGUUGUGCAUAGUCGUUAGUCCUUUGUAACCUUGCUUAAAUAUUUCUUAACAUAGAUAUUUUCUUUCUCUUUAACUACGUAUUUUUAAAAACAGUCUAUUUCUUGACUUUGAACUUAAAGCUUUAAUCAUAAUUUUUCAUGUAUACAUCAUUCUUCUGAUGGUAAGCUAGAUUUGAAGAUAAUGGUUUCAGUGUUUCAGUUGGUAGUGGAGGGUAUCAGGCCUCAGUAUUUGCAAUAAUACAAGAAGGAAGAAAAAUAUUAUAAUCCUUUGCUUACCGAGGGCUAGAAUGAUGUGCAUCUGUCUGUUUUCUGUUCUGUGAGUCUAGACGUUUAAACCGUUUUGUGAACUAAUCCUUGGAGAAGUUUAAGUUAACCUUAGAACUUGACUCUGAUCUCUGGAAUCACAAUAUCUGUUUCCGUUCUGUGCAGAUAUUGACAACAUUACUCUUUGACUAUAAGGUGCACUCAGAAAUAUUUUCAGUGGAAAUUUGUUUGAGUUUCAUUAAUGCUGUUUCACCAGUUAGACAUAAUUACUUCUGCAAGCGUGAAUGAUACUGAUGGCCAGCAGAGCUUCCAGACCUUUCAAAGUUAACUGCUAGGAAAAUUAGAUGAUCAUAAUAAAACUUGAGAGUGUCUAACAAGGCUAUUAUGACAAACCAGGAAUUGAGUCUGUAAGGGAAAACUAUCCAUUCUGAAUAAUAUGGAUGUAAUUAUUUGCUGCUGCUGUGCUCUGUGUCAAUUCUGAGUAUACAAUUUAAACCCUGUGCCUAAUGAAGGUGUCUUCUAGAGUUUUUUUGGGGAGAAGGAAAACUGGAAAGUUAACUUGUAUUUUUGCCAGAAGACUCUUCCUUGCAUGUAUGUCAAGGUCUUCAGUUUUUUCAGAAGUUUCUAUAUCCAAAGUUAAGAAUUCGUGUGAACUACUCCUUUGGGGCUGAAACCAUUCACUCCCAGUGUUUAUUGGGUUGGAAAUCUGUAGCAAGAUUCUGUUUAAAACUUACCGUGGUGUUUUCCUAUUUCAUACUUAGCUUUCUGGCUACUAAAUUCCUUCUUUUUUCUUUCAAGUUGGCUGCAAAUUUGCUCCUGUGCUAAAUUACCUGUAAACCUUCUGGAUAGGAACUGUUUGAAAUAGCAAUUUGUUGAAAGAGAAGACAGAAAAUGAAAAUGCCCAAACUAAGCAAAGAUUUUAAAAUGCCAUAGCAAUCUUGCAAGAUUUACUUUAAAAAAUAUUUUUAGAUGAUCAUUAUCAUCUCAGUGGUACUGAUCCCCCACAUGCAACUACUAUGAGGAAUUGAUGUUUUCUUCUUUCCAUUGUACCAAAAAGAUAAAUGGUUAAAAAUGGUCAAGGUAUUUUGUAUUGUCAAGGCAUGCCUAAUCUAAAGGAUUAAAUGUUAAUUCAACAGCCCUGGCUUCCUCAGCUCUGUCAAUCAUACGAAACCUUGUUCAUUUCCACCCAAUACUGUAAUGUUCAUACUUGUACAAUCUUUCUUAUCAUAUGACUUUAAGUUCUACUUUUCAUUAACCAUUACCUGGUAUUAGUUUGUAGAGCUUCUUAUGGCAAAAAUAAAAUGUUAUAAUUCUGA